GCGACCACUGAAAUGUGUUACGGCGUGGGUAUGAUCUUUGGACCGGCAAUCGGGGGUCUUCUUAAUCAAAUCGCGGUUCUGUCUCCCACCACAAAGGGUGGUAUAUUUGUAAUAUCGGGCGCUCUUUACGCCGGUUUCAACCAAGUUUGGGCUUAUUUUGCCGAAAAGAUGUACAAUUGUCAUCCGCUAUGCAUUAUUGGAUGCAUUUCAUCGUUCAUUGCAUUUAUAAUUGUCGGUCCAAUGCCUUUCUUCCCAAUGGAUUCACAACUAUGGCUCGCAAUAUUGGGACAAGUAUUCCUUGGCCUGGGAAUGGGCGGGCAGUUUGUCGGCAGUUUCGUACAGGGAUUGCGGGAAACUUUCUCUGCUAUUGGGCCGGCAUUGGGAGGCAUAUUGAUGGGCGCGUGGGGUUACCGCAUGGCAACGGUGCCCAUCGCUGCACUCCAACUAUUUAUGGUGAGACCGAAUAAAUAA